AUGACCAGGGCACCAGCGCGCGCAGCGCCCCCACCGCCUCCAGCCGAGAACGGCGACGGCGCUUCGGCGAACGAGCGCCUCCUCGCUGCAGCCAAGACGGAUAACGAGGACCUGCUGCAGAGCGCGUUUGAUCACAACGUCAACGUCAAUCACCAGGACGGGCUGGGCAACACUGCACUCCACUACGCUGUCCUCCACGGCUCCACCGAUGUGCUCGAGCACAUCCUCGACCACGACCACUGCGACCCAGACAUCCGUAACCGCCUCGACGGCGACACGCCUCUGCACAUUGCGGUGCGGCAGCGCUGGGACGACCAGCCUGGCAUGCGGUUGUAUCUCGUGGGCUCGCUCCUCGAGGCCGGCGCGGGCAUGCUCAUCAAGAAUCGCCACAACGAGCGCGCCGUCGAUCUCCUCCCGCCAUACCGCGAGGGCGCGGACCCGAGCUCGGACGACGAAAAGGUCCGCGCGAUGAUCCGACGCGCGCAGGCGGAGACGCAGGUCGCUGAGGCUGGUGAUGUUGUCGAGGACGACGACGACAUUUUUGACCCCAACGACGUCGCGUCCGACUCAGACUAG